AUGAAGACAGAGAAUCACACUUGGGUGAGUGAGUUCACUUUCCAGGGUUUCUCCAGCUUCCACGAGCACCAGCUUAGCCUGUUUCUUGUGUUUCUUGCACUGUACACUUUAACCCUGGCUGGCAACGUUGUCAUCGUGACCAUCAUUAGUGUGGAUCAUCACCUGCACACGCCCAUGUACUUCUUCCUGAGCAUGCUUUCUGGUUCAGAGACUGUAUAUACACUCGUCAUUAUACCCAAAAUGCUCUGUAACCUCGUCGGCCUGAGUCAGUUCAUCUCUUUGGCUGGCUGUGCCACUCAGAUGUUCUUCUUCAUCACCUUGGCCAUCAACAACUGCUUCCUGCUCACGGCAAUGGGGUACGACCGCUACGUGGCCAUCUGCAACCCCUUGAGGUACAUGGUCAUCAUGAACAAGAGGGUGUGUGUCCAGCUGGUGGGGGGCGCCUGCAGCAUUGGGCUGAUAGUAGCCAUGACGCAGGUGCUGGCUGUGUUCAGGUUGCCUUUCUGUGCUACGAAGGUGGCCCAUUUCUUCUGUGACAUCCGACCUGUGAUGAAGCUCUCUUGCAUCGACACCUCGGUCAAUGAGAUCCUGACUGUGAUCAUCAGUGUGCUGGUGAUCCUGGUUCCCAUGGGCCUGGUCUUCAUCUCUUACAUCCUCAUCAUCUCCACCAUCUUCAAGAUCCCCUCCACCCAGGGUCGGAAGAAGGCCUUCGCCACCUGUGCCUCCCACCUCACGGUGGUCAUCAUCCACUACGGCUGUGCCUCCAUCGCCUACCUCAAGCCCAAGUCAGAGAACACCAGGGAUCAGGACCAGCUGAUCUCAGUGACCUAUACCGUCAUCACCCCCCUGCUGAACCCGGUGGUGUACACCCUGAGGAACAAAGAGGUCAAGGAUGCUCUGCUCCACGCCACGGGCAGGAAGACUUCUUGA